UUCCUUUCACGAGUCUAUAAAGGGCCUUAGUUCCAUCGCGGACAUUCAUUCGAAAAGCCUCACGCAAAGAGAAGUUCUGCAGGAUGAUUCGUGGAACUCCAGAUUUUGUUGCUGCGGCAGCUGCUAUCUUUGCUUCUAUUUUGGCCUGUGAAUGCAUCACGGGUGGCCAAGAAGCGACCGCGCACUCUAGACCCUACAUGGCAUCGCUUCAAUGGAAGAAAAAUGACAAUUAUAAGCAUGAAUGCGGUGGAUUUCUGGUAGCAGAGCAGUGGGUCAUGACUGCAGCCCACUGCCUACGUGACGGGGCAAAGGAGAUGAAGGUGGUUUUAGGGGCACAUUCCCUAACAGAAUCUGAAACUUCGAAGCAGGAAUUUACUGCUCCUGGCGUUUUCAGUCACCCUGAUUUCAGCACUGAUAACUAUGACAACGAUAUUGCUCUGCUAAAGCUGGAUCGCGCCGCGGUCCUGGGCGACUCGGUGAAGACCCUGGGGUUCCAGCGCGAUGGUGCAGCCAACCCUCAGACUACCGACGUGGUCAGCGCGGCCGGCUGGGGCUCCAGGAACAACCUGGGCUCCAGGCCGGACAAGCUGCAGGAGGUCGACGUCGCGGUCCUGCUCCGGGGCCUGUGCGGACGCAUCGAUUACUACGGCGACGCCUUCAACGACAACCUGAUGUGCGCCUCGGGGACCCGCAAGGACACCUGCGAUGGAGACUCAGGCGGUCCCCUCAUCUUCAAAGGGGUGGCGGUCGGCAUCACCUCCAAUGGCGGGAAGAAGUGCGGAACUCUCCGGAAGCCCGGUUUGUACACCAUCAUCUCGCGCUACACCCAGUGGAUCGACAGCACCAUGCAGAAGUGAAGUAGACCUGUGCAGGACUAGCCGAAUCAUACUCUUCUCCAGCCCUACUCAGCUCCACGUCCUGCGGGCCGCAGUGUCUGCAGGCAUUUUCUCCUACCGGGCGCAACACCACCUGUUUACACUAGUUGUUUUUCCUGCUUGGUUCAAACAAUAAGCUAUUUAGUGAAACCAGGUGGGGUAGCUCACAGUCCUGCUCGAUACAUGGUUUUUAUAUCAGAGGGCACAGAUUCAGCCUAGUCCUUGACUAAAUUCAAUUUUGAAUACAGAUUAAUUCUCCAUACAAAAGCCUACUUAGUCCAGGACUAUGCUUAAUCUGUGCCUGAGAAACCGACCCUAUAUGCAUUUUCUUGAAAGCUCAUGUAAAUAAAUCAAUAAAGUUUGUAUUUUAGCAGUGCUGUUAA